AUGCCGGUUGCUACCGAUCGAAUACCAGGCAUGGAUGCUACCUCCCUACUAGUCUGUGCCUUUGUAUUCCUCUCAACAAGAGAUGAAGCCCUGGCUCAAGUAUACCUAGACGUACUAUAUAUGUACUAUUGGGCAUGUAAGGUACUGCCUUAUUACUCUCUGCCCCCCGUUGGCCAUCCAUCACCACCGCAGUGGGCCGCUGUUGGUGUGGCAGCACCACCCGUCACAACUGUGUUCCACGAGUGUCUCCUCGUACAGGGGACAAAGCGAAACACACCUUGCUGGGGCCGCCUUUCUUUCCCACCCAGAGAGGGAGAAAGGGAGUUGGCCCUGAUGCCCGGCGCGGACGAGACAAACUCCGAAUAUUCGGGUAGCCGCCAUUACAACAACAACGUCAUUACAUUUCACGCCCCCAACACCGCCUUCUUGGGUACCGGGACUCGAGGGAAGGGAAGGGCGAAAAGCAUGUGUCUGCUGAAACAGCAAAGAAGCGGGUUGUUGACGCAUCAGAGACACAGCCUUGGCCAAAGUGCAAUCUGCUCAGCGCAGAAAAUACGAGCAGUCAUCUUUUCCCUCUGCCACGCAGGCCCGAUUCGGUCAAGAUGGUGUCGCUGCGUCUUUCCUAGCCUUUACGACGCGGUCAGGGCGACUCGACGCCCAUCGUGA